GUUGUACCCGACAAAGACAUUCAUCCUUCUCUGUUCCCGCCGUAACUAAUCUCCUCAUCUUUGCAAAGGAAUCUUGUUGCGAUGGGAACAUGGAAGAAGAAAAAUAGUUAUCAGAACAAAGUUAGCUACAUAUCAGUCCCAGCUCAGAUCAUAAAGUCAGUUUCUUCCUCGUCUCUUACACACAAUAAAUCUUCAAAGAAGAACACGACCAAGUUCUUGUUUCUUCUCCUCAGAAACCCAAAGCUCUGGGCGUUCUGUCUCCUCUCGCUUUCUGUUUUAGGAAUUGUAUCACGACUUGGUCCUUGUCUUUCUCCUUCCGGUCCACAUCAAGAAAGUCAACUUCAGAGCUCCGAUUCAAUUGCGUAUACCCGAUCAAACAGUACUCAUGCUGAGAUUCCGAAUGCAGAUGAUCGAUCUUUAGAUAUGAUUCCAAAACCACCAGUGGCUGUUGUGGAGAAGAAUGAGACCUUUGGUGGUGAUUCAAAGCUGAUCAUCACCUCUAAACAUGUUUUGGGUGAUAAGAAUGAGUUUUGGAAGCAGCCUGAUGGAUUAGGAUACAAGCCGUGCCUGGACUUCAGCUCUGCGUACAGGAGAGAGAGCAAGAGGAUUGUUAGAGAGAGGAGAAAGUAUCUGAUGGUGGUUGUCUCCGGUGGGAUGAACCAGCAGAAGAAUCAGAUUGUGGACGCAGUUGUGAUUGCCAGGAUCCUAGGUGCUGUUCUUGUCGUCCCAGUAUUGCAAGUCAAUCUAAUUUGGGGUGACGAGAGUGAAUUUUCAGAUAUAUUUGAUUUAGAGAGAUUCAAGAGUGUUUUAGCAGAUGAUGUGAAGAUAGUCUCUUUGCUGCCGGCAAAUAAAAUAAUGACUAGACCAACAGAAGAUGGUGGUAUGCCUUUCAAUGCUUCUCCUCAAUGGAUCCGUUCACACUAUCUAAAACGAUUUAACAGGGAUGGAGUUCUGCUUUUAAGGAGAUUGGAUUCAAGAUUGUCUAAAGACUUACCCUCUGAUCUCCAGAAGCUUCGUUGUAAGGCAGCGUUUGAAGCACUGAAGUUCUCGCCAAGGGUGAUGGAGUUGGGGAAGAAGCUAGCAGAGAGGAUGAGGAGCAAAGGUCCUUACAUUGCGCUUCAUCUUCGGUUGGAGAAAGACGUGUGGGUGAGAACAGGCUGCCUUACUGGUUUGAGCUCAAAGUAUGACGAGAUUGCAAGACUAGAAGGGAUUAAGCGGCCUGAGCUCUUAACAGCCAAAUCUAGCAUGACGCCUAACGAGAGGAAACUAGCAGGUCUAUGUCCAUUAAAUGCCAAGGAAGUAACAAGGCUGCUUAGAGCACUUGGAGCACCGAGAGACGCUAGGAUCUACUGGGCUGGAGGGGAACCUCUGGGCAGAAAGGAAGCUCUGAGACCGUUAACAAGUGAAUUCCCACAUCUUUACAACAAAUACGAUAUAGCAUUUCCCCUUGAACUCAAACCUUUCGCGAAACGAGCUUCCAUAAUGGCAGCAAUAGACUAUAUAGUCUGCAAGGAGAGUGAUGUGUUCAUGGCAUCUCAUGGAGGAAACAUGGGCCGCGCGAUUCAGGGUCACAGAGCUUACGAAGGACACAAGAAGCUUAUAACACCAAACAAAAGGCAAAUGCUCCCAUACUUUUUGAACACAUCAAUGACUGAGACAGAGUUCGAGAAGAUGAUGAAAAAACUACACAGACAAUCUCUAGGACAGCCGGAAAUAAGGGUUAGCAAAGCUGGAAGAGAUGUUACAAAGUAUCCUGUUCCUGAGUGUAUGUGCAAUAAUCAAACCACUCCCACUGUUUAAAACUUCUAUUUUUUGUUGUUGCACAUACGGAUCUAAGACAAAAAUAAUAAUUAUUAUUAUCUUUAUAAUGU